CGCUCACGUCGAGAAGAAAAAAAGUUCUGCUUUCCGCGUUUCGCAUCGCUAUUGACGUUUGCUGGUUGUGAGAUGGCGUCCACUGAGCCUCAGGUUACCCAUCCACCAUCCACCGUCACCAUCACCAUCCACCACCUGACGUGAUGCUGUUGUGGUGUCGGUGUGCAGGCCACCACUGCUGCGUCCGCUGCGGCGCCCGCGUCCGUGUACAGCUACCCGCCCGGUAAGCCGACAGGGAGGGAGGGAAGAUCUCCUCCGCCAGAACAGGCAGAUCAGGAGAGAUCUGACGAGAUCUGUGGACAGAGAGGCGGGAAGGCGUGUCGGGAAGCCAGCCAAGGCCGCCAUAUGUGUGUGUAUGGUCUCUUUUUCUCUCCUUUGUCCUUCUUUCAGUAGAUCCGUCGUCUGCAGGUUUCAGCUACGGCGUGUACCCGUCGCCUUACGGCAUUCCGGCGGCUGGUCCCUACGGGUACCCGGCCUACCCCCCGGUCCCCGGCGCAUACCCCGGUGCUCCUGGCGUCGCUGCUCCCACCGUGGCCACGGCUGCGGGCAGCGGGGCCGGUGCUCCCACUGCCACCACCACUGGCGAAGGCACCGGAGUCCAGAGCACUGAGGUGAGUGAGCUUUGGGGAGGGGGGAGGGAAACAGGGAUAGGAUGGAUGGGAUGCGUGGGCGGUGUGGAUGGUGUGGAUGGUGUGGUGUGUUGGUGCAGGCUGGUAGCAUUGGUGCGGUCGGUUCGAGUGCUGCGCCGCCCGCCAUGACCACCACCGCAUACGCCGCCCCAUCGGUACGCACACACACCCACACCCACACACACACACACACUGCACAUGAGAUCUGCACCACCACCACCACCACCACCACCACACAGACACAUCCCCGCCUGUUGCUGUGCUGCCUGUGUGUGUGUUGGUGUCGUGCAGGCCUACUACCCGGGCUACUACCCCGGCACCGACCCCUAUGGUGAGCUGAGAUACACACGAUGGACACACACAUAUGAAAGGUGCCAUUGCCAUUGCCGCUGGAUGCAUGUGUGUGUGUGUGUGUGUCAGGUGGGUUCUACUACCCCGGCCUGGCUUCCAUGGCCCCGCCGCCCAAGCAGCGACAGCCCAAGAGCAAAUAUUGCUGCUGAACACCACACACACCCACCCACACACACACAUAGCCCCAGAAGAUAGCAUGGACCCACCGACGAUAGCAGACACCUGAUAGGCACCACUCGGUAGAAUGCACGUGUGACUGACUGGAUGGAUGGAUGGAUGGCUGUCUUUUUGUUUGUCUGGAGCUCUCGUCUCUUUCUUUCCCCACACAAGUGUGCUGUGCGUGGGGUUGGGUGUAUCCAUGGGUUUUGGACACACCUUGAGCAGCAGCGGUUUUGACACGCAUCAUGAUGUGUGUGCCGUUGUGGAUGGUUUGGUUUCCGAGCUCAGCGCAGCUGGCUGAUACACACCCAUACGUAGGCGAACACUUUCUCUCUCUCUGCCUGCGUGCCUGCCAUCGAUACGGGUGGUGUGCGGUGUGUAUGACGUAGCCCCGUAGCUCUCCUGCAUUGCAUGCUUGACACACACACAUGGAUGGAUGGAUGGAUGGAUGGAUGGAAUGACACACAACAGACACAUCGGCCGGCUGUCCCUCCUCUUCCUCCCCCCCUCCUCUCUGUGUCGUGCUGCCUCUUGAACUCGCCAUGUGGGUGGACACUCCACGGCGACGGGGGACGCAUACACAGAGAGAGAGAGAAGGGCAGCGAGGUGGGCAGACCGACCGACCGGUCGGUUGUCUUGUCUUGUUGUUUUUCUCAAUGAGAUAUCGGUAGCCAGCUCUACGGGAGCGAGGGAAGUGCAGUUAAAGACAGACAGACAGAUACAGCCCACGGCAAUCAUGAGGACGCACACACACAUAAUAUGCGGUAUGGAUGAUAUCCCCUUCGUACGCUGCCUGCCUGUCUGUCUGUCUGUCUGUGUGUCGGUCGCUUGCAAGGCAUGUCCUGCUGGCAGUUUGGCUGAUUCGCGUGUGUGCAUGUGUGUGUGUGUGUGUGUGUUGAGAGGUAGGUUGAAUGGGGUGAGGGUGAGGGUGAGGGAGGGGAGGGGAUCUUCUAGGGACCUGGAGCGGACAAAGAGACAGAGAGAGACCCUGAUCGACCGAAGCAGCACUGAAUGCAUUGCAAUGCACACACACGUCUAUAUGACAGAU